CCCCUUUGCCGUAUGUCAUUUUGUGGAACUCGAACCUCUCAUUCUCUCAUUUUCAUCUCUUCCUCUUCCGUAACCCUAACGAAGUCGCAGAUUCUCUGGUAGAUCUAUCUUGAUUCGAUUCGAUUCUUCUUUUUUCCCAGAAAAGUCGCUAUCGCAAUCGAACCAAAGAGGUUAAGUUCUUACUAGUCAGAGGUAUAUAGAGAGGCAGUGGAGCAAUGGAUUUGGAUCAAUGGAUUUCGAAGGUUAAAGAUGGUCAACAUCUCUCUGAGGAUGAGCUUCAGCUUCUCUGCGAAUAUGUGAAAGAAAUUCUGAUUGAGGAGUCAAACGUACAGCCUGUAAACAGUCCUGUCACCGUCUGUGGUGAUAUCCAUGGCCAGUUUCAUGAUCUAAUGAAGCUUUUUCAGACUGGAGGUCAUGUUCCAGAGACAAAUUACAUAUUUAUGGGCGACUUUGUGGAUAGAGGUUACAACAGCCUUGAAGUCUUCAGUAUUCUUUUACUUCUUAAAGCUAGAUAUCCAGCCAAUAUAACACUUUUGCGUGGAAACCAUGAAAGUAGGCAGCUAACGCAGGUGUAUGGAUUCUAUGAUGAAUGCCAAAGGAAGUAUGGUAACGCUAAUGCAUGGCGAUAUUGCACAGAUGUUUUUGACUAUCUUACCCUGUCAGCUAUUAUAGAUGGCACAGUUUUAUGUGUUCAUGGUGGCCUUUCCCCAGAUGUUCGGACAAUAGAUCAGAUAAGACUGGUCGAUCGAAAUUGCGAGAUUCCUCAUGAAGGGCCCUUUUGCGAUCUUAUGUGGAGCGAUCCUGAAGAUAUUGAAACAUGGGCAGUUAGUCCACGUGGAGCUGGUUGGCUUUUCGGAUCCAGGGUUACCACUGAGUUUAACCAUAUCAACAAGCUUGAUCUAGUAUGCCGCGCCCACCAGCUUGUACAAGAAGGUCUUAAGUACAUGUUCCAAGAUAAAGGCCUUGUAACUGUGUGGUCUGCACCUAAUUACUGUUACCGCUGUGGAAAUGUUGCGUCUAUAUUGAGUUUCAAUGACAACAUGGAAAGGGAAGUGAAGUUCUUUACAGAGACGGAAGAGAACAAUCAAAUGAGGGGGCCAAGGAGUGGAGUUCCGUAUUUCCUAUGAAGAAUCACGCACUAUUAUGUUUGGUGUGAUGAUAAAUGAUGAUGAAGCCAUUGCUACCAUUGGCAAUAUGUUCAGUGUUGAAAAGGUUAAUAUAUAAUUAUAUAUAUUAUCUACUGAUGGGUUUCACUUACUUCCAUUAUUUUUGUCCUCUAGGUUACAUUUUCCAUGUGAAAUUUAUAAGUCCAACACUUUGGUAAUAGUUUUAGUCGUUUUGAGUCUCUGCUUCUUCCUUUUUAUUCCCCCAAUCUUUCUUCUGUAUGUUUUUUUUUUUCCAUUGUUCACUACUUGCACUGUUUCCUCUGCAUUUUGUUGUUGUUAAGAUGACAUUAAUUCUAAAAAUAAUUAAACAUCGUUACAAGUGGGACAGUA